AUGGCAGAAAAUACUCAACCUCCAGAAGCUCUUGCAAUGACGAUAGCCGAAGAAACCACCAAAACUAAAAAAGAAGCAGUGGGAAAUACGAAGUCUGAGAAAGUAAAUCAAGUAAAAAACUAUGCAAGCAUAUUAUCGAUUAUCACCUUUGUUCUUUCUGUUGUGAUCCUUGCCUCCGCUAUCUGGUUGCUUUACAUGAAAGAUUACGAUUGUGAGAAGCUCUUAUGGCUACCAAGGUUACAGAUUGGUAUUGGCAUUGGAUUGAUCUUUGUUUCCUUGAUUAGCAACAUUGCUGUGUUGCUGAGAUCACGGUUUCCUGUGCCGGGAUUCUUUCUAGUUAUGGUGCCAUUGAUCGUGAUGCUCACAAUGGGACUUGCACUUGUGGGAGCUAACAAGCUGGAAAGCAGGAGAUUGAUGGCUACACCAAAGUGGUUCAGAGAAAAAGUUCGCCAUAAUGACAACUGGGAAAAUAUUAAAUCAUGCAUCUACAAUACUGGAACAUGCGAUGAUUUGGUGUCCAGGUCGUUGAAUCUCAAAGCAUUUGAUUUCAGUAUCAAGAAAUUAUCAUCCAUAGAGGCUGGAUGUUGCAAACCACCAUCAAUAUGUCAAAUGGAGUACGUGAAUGCCACAUUUUGGACAAAAGUUGAAGGGGCUGUGGAUGAAUCACAACAGCAAUAUAGCGACUGUGCUACAUGGCAGAAUGAUCAAAAUAUCUUGUGUUACAACUGUGGAUCUUGUAGACAUGGUUUUGUGAGAGUAAUGGAAAGCAAAUGGAGGAAUCUUGGCGUCCUACUCAUCUUGAUGGGCUUACUUCUUAUUAUUGCUCAUAUAUCAUUAUUCGUUAUGGUUAUGUGGGAGCACUACAAUUGA